ACUCACAUUUCAUUCUAAGAUAGGACAGCAUAGGCUACUUAUUAUAUUGUGUAUGCACAGAUCUUGAUCGGGAGCACAGAGCAUUGCAGGGCUGUUCAUCAUAAAUUCAAAUACUGGUUGAAGAUUAAAUAACAGUCUGCAUUUUUUUUGCAUCAUACCUCUACUGUACUUGCAAGCGUCAAGUCCUGUUUAUAUUGAUAAUUUGGAGGCUUACAUUUCAACGUCGCUGAUUGGCUACAUUUGACGAGCUAACCCAGUAUUCUAAGAGACAUACCAUUUCACUCAAAAAGGGGGGUUCGGGAACUAUGCGCUUGCAACACAUUCCAUUCUUUACAAAAUGCAUGAAAAAUAUCGAAAUAAAUUCAAACUAUGUUUUCAGUUUCUACUUGUCUGACUAUUACCAACAUAAAUUUGAGUAAGAUUUUGAUUGAAAGAGCAGCGACUUACUACUCUCUCCCCCGUCAUCCUUAGCUCGAGGUACAGCUCAAAAUGGCUGUAGACAAACAGUUAUGAAGAUCUGCCGUUCUACAAGAAAUGAAUAUGUCGCAAUUGACAAAUUAACGAAGAAGCCUCCAAAACAACUGGGGAUACAGGGGCCCGUGGAGAGGUUCAGGGAGAGGAGCAGACCUCUGGUACCGACCCUGGAAGAGAGGAGGGACCACCUCAUAGAGAGAAGGGGCCACAACAGAAGGAAGACGGAACAAUGCCAUUGGACAUCUGCCUUGGGACAGAGCCAUGACCAGUCUGGAGCCAGACAGAAGACUGGACUCCACACUCUGACUGAAACCUUCAAGCACAACCCUCUGUCUAUCUGUCUGCAGCACAACCAUGCUUACAUGACCCAUUGACCGCUGGGCCUUAUCCAUCCACCAUCCAUCUGAUCCAUCCGGGCCUCCUCAGCACAUUCCAUUCCACGCGGAUGGAUACGUCAAGCGAACCGGUCCGACUAGAGCACUGCCAUGGCCCUACCGUAACCCUGGCGACCUGCCUGUUAACACUGAGACAGGUCUAGGUCUAGACCUCCAUGCCAGGCCAGAUGAUGAAGAGCCUCCAGUUCAGAAGCAUCGCCCCCAAGGUCCCAGCAGCGGUGGUUCCCUCCCCAGCCGCCAUCCUGUCCUGCCAGCACCCCUCUGCCCUCCCGGAGGCCGCCUCCACAGCCGUCAGCCCCAAGUCUAUCCUGGUCCCGGCCCAGAACUAUGCCCUGAUGCAGGUGGCAGGGCAGGAGGGUACCUUCUCUCUGGUGGCCCUGCCACCCUCCGUAUCCCCUCAGUCGCCACAGCAACAACAGCAGCAGCAACAGCCAAUCCAGAAGAACCUGAAGCUGCCCAUCCCCAGGUACCAGCCAAUGAGGACCAAGAACACCCCGGAGAAGGUCAAAUCAGCCACGCCCACCACCAGUGGCAGCGCCAGGGGGGUGAGGACACCCACCAAGGUUGCAUUGACAACCCGGGACCAUCGGUCAAUAGCAGCCAUAAAGAAGAAGUUGUCAUUGGCUGAGCCCAAGGAGGAGCCAUCAGAACAGGUCAUACUGAUCGACAACUCAGCCUCCUCUGAGCUCUCCGCCCUCACAGCCCUGCUCCCAGACAACGCCAUGCUUUACACUCGCUCUCCACUGGAGCGAAUAGCAGUGGUGGACACCACCCCCGACCACCGGUCCACUCCUGCCCACGCUCCCUGCCCUGUCACCAGCAUGCUGCAGAACCUCCACUACCCAUCUGGUGGCAUUACUAAAAGUUCCCCGGUCGAACCAUCACAGGAUGAGAGCAGCGGUAAGGUUGCUAUCAGGCCGUGCCAACCCAAGCCUGUAGCCCAACAGCCCCAUCCACAGCCAGGUAGUAGCAGCAUCACUGUCCUCUCUCCAGCCAUCUUCAGCAAAGCUGUCCAGAUCAUCCCCUCCCCACCCAAGGGCAAGCUGCCCAUCAUGCCCUAUUCCAUGAUGAAAGGCACCCUCAUACCCACCUCCAAACUCAACCUCAAUGCCAUGUCCCCCAAGAAGGCUUUCCCUAGCCAGCCCGACCUCUCCCCUUAUCCCUCUGAUCCCCAGUCCAAGACCCCGGAGACUGCUGAGGCCCUAUGUCAGAACCACAUGCCAAACUCCCUGCUGCAGAGCCAGCCUCAGGCCAAGGCCACAGGCACCCUGUCGCUGCUGGGAGCGCUACAGAUCCAGAAACCAUCAGGUAAGAAGAGGGGGAGGAAGAGGAAGACAAUGGAGGACAUUCUGGCCUUUGAGGCAAGGAAGAAGAGGUCCUUGUCAUUCUUUCGGAGGAGGGUGCCAGAGAAGCCUUCUGUCUCAGCCGUCAUCUCCUCCCCGCUGUCUAAACAGCAGAGGGAGGUGGACAUCUCUAAGAAGUACCGCAGCAUCAGACCCAAGCCUCACCACAUGCUGCUGAUGGAGACUGUACCCCAGCUGGUCAGCCUGCCCUCCCUCACCUCCUCUGACAGCCUGGAUUCAGAGCUCCUCGUGGGGCAUCAGCUCUCUGCCGAGGCCCUGGAGCCCGGUCCUCCCCAGCCAGCCUCUACCCCGCUAUACCUGAAAGGGGGCCCUUCUCAUAGGGUCUACCUGGGCAGUAGCCAGCCCCUCCACCGCUGCCCUACCUGCAGCCGCUGCUUCCAGUUCAAACACCACCUCCAGAGCCAUAUGAACAGCCACACCAACAGCAGGCCUUACCUGUGUCCUGUGUGUCGUAAGGCCUAUGCUCACUCUGGCUCUCUCAGCACCCACAUGAAGCUGCAUCACUCUGACGGGAGACCGCGGCGGACGCUUCGCUGUGACUUCUGUGAGAAGGCGUUUGGCUACGUGGGUGUGUACUUCGGCCAUUUGAGGGAGGUGCAUAAGGUCAUCCUGACCGUGGAGCCGUCCGUCAGCCAGCAUGAAGACGACGUGCCUGUGGAGGGGGCCAUGUCUUCAGACCUGGGGGACGAGCAGGGCCAGGAGGAGUGCGAGGACCCGGUGGAGCUCCAGAUCAAGUGUGGUCGCUGUCAGGCCAUCACCCCCACCUUCGCCGACAUGAAGCUACACCUGCUCUAUGUGCAUGGGGAGGAGGUCCAGGUGCGCCUGCGGGACGGGGCUGGGGGGGUGGGAAGGUCACUGCGGGGGGGCCGGGAGGCAGAGGAUGAGCUGGUGAAACACGCCGCCCACUACUGGCGCCAGCUCAAUGAGAAGAGGAACCUAGUCCGGUGUGGGAGCUGUGAUGAAGAGUUCUUCUCCUUCUCCAAGCUGAAGCGUCAUAUCCUCUCCCACCACCAGGGGGGACCGGAGGAUGAUGGAGAGGGGGAGCCGACCGGCCCCUCAGCCCGGGGAGGGAGAGGGGUCCUGAGGCAGGGAUUGGUAUUUAACUGUGUGCUGUGCAGCCAGGUCCUGGACAGUAAAGAGGAGGUGAUGGAGCACUGGAGAAGCCACCACCACUGUGAGGAGACCCAGGUACUCUGGGAGGCCCUCGGCUCCUACUCGGGGGAAAGGGAGAUAGACUCGCCCGACCACAGCACAUGUUAACAUGGCACUGGACACGUUCUAGGUCGUCUCUGUUGCAGUCACGCUGCACAUCUCAGAAUAUUGACUUUACUUAUUCCUUCUAGCCUCUAAGGAAGCAAAUUGCCAGAACAGUGCAUUUAAAAGAUUGAUAUAUCAUAUCAACGUGGUUUCUGAGAUGUUAUUGUGAGAUCUUAUAAUCGGGGCGGGCGGACUACAAUAGAUAUAACCUCGAACGUACCCACUAUUUGUGUCUGUCUGAGCCGAUCAUGCGCUGUGUGCUGCUCUCAAACACACCCAGUUAGUCCCUAUGCACACUAUCCAGCCGACCCCAACCAUGCAGUACAUUUCCAGCAACUAUGGUGGCUGGGUAACCACUAACCAGGCAAGUUCAGCUCACCUCAGUAUGGUGAAAGGGUAUUAGUCCAUACAGAGGUCAGUUAUCGCACAGUUUAGUUUGUUAGAGAAUCCACUUGAUACAUUACAAAUGAUUAUUUUGGUAUUUUGUGGACUGCACUGUGUUUUGUUUCGUGUCAGUGUUGAUGUUGUGUUUAUUUUUUUAAUGUUUUAAUAUUUUUGUUUAAUAAAAUGGAAAGGAUUGG